AUGCCUGCUGAGAGACUUUUCAGCGAUGCUGGUAUUCAGAUAAAUCCUAAACGCACAUGUUUAGCACCUAAACCUAUUAACGAGCUUUUAUUCUUAGAAAGAAAUGACCCUUAUUUAGCACCCUCUUCUAAAGAUGUUUGGAGACCAAGUGCAAAUAUAAUGCCAAACUUAUAUAUGAAGAAAAAUGUAAAUAUCCAUGUCGUAUGGAGAAGUUAA